UUCUAGGGUGUGAGCCAUGUGGCAUUGCUCGCUGCACCAGACGUCAUAGUCUGCAAGAAGUUGCUGUAGCUUCCGUUCUCGAGGACUCACUGAAGGCUACACCAUCCCAAUCGCAGAAAAAUGCCAAGUCGAACUUGCUGCAUCUUCGAGUGAGAACCCAAACAUUGAAAGAACUGCUCAACUAGUUUUGGAACCCCUCUGCGGGACCGCUUGAUCGCUGGCAUCGAUGGGCUAUGCACCUGCGCUGUUGGCACGUCUCUUCAAAGUAUUGGCGGCCGAUUUGGCACUUUCGAUGGCAUCUUCAUGGAGCUGGCAGUGGUAUGUACUGGCUACCUGCCUUGUUUCCAGAGAGGAGAUGCAGGGUGUCGCCCACAUCGCGACAGCUACUUGGAAUGGUGGCACCAACUUUGACGGCUACUGGAAAAUUUCUCACAGCACUCACCGACUUUGUGCAACGGCGCUCCUGCAGACUUCUCCACAGAUUGGCUUAUGGAAGGCUGAGCUGCGGUGCACGAUAGCUCUGAGUGAACCACCCGCCGAAGACGACCGUUUGAAUCACGAACAGCGAGGUCAACCCAAGACACCAUCGAUGCCACUGUCAUCGGAUUCAUCUCCGAUGUCCUCAAACUGCAGGCAUGGGGAACCGGAAGAAAUUGCAUUCUUGGAUGCGAGGCAUGCCUCUUCAACAUAUCCUGCGAAGCAGACAUGGAAAUCAAUGGCAAAGGAGCCCAUGUGCAAUGGCCCAUGGUUGGGUCUCAAGAUUGUCCAUUGCGUCCUGGUGCAGGACCGCGCCUGCCACUGACUGCCGCGCUGCAGUGGCUGACAUAAGCCACCAUGUGGCC